UGCGGAGCCUUCGCUCGCGUCGCCGCCCCGGGCCAUUGACCGUCUGAGGAGGUACUUCUCGCGGAGAUCGCGGGACCGCGGAGCAGAGCUGGCAGGGCCGCGGGGGCCCUGAGAUGCCAAGCGGUGCCCGGUCCGGCGUACCUGCACCACUUGCUACGAGCCGAGGGGUCCGCCUGCUGGGCCUUCGGGAAACGUCUUAGCGACACUUGGCCCGCGGGCCCCGAGGUGCGCCCGGGAGUCGCCAGCGCGCAUCCGGAUCGCAGCCAGGCGGCGGGCGCUGUGCAGGCUGCUUUGCAUUAUGUGCCGCUCCGCCCUGGCUUUUUUUACUGCCGCAUUUGUCUGCCUGCAAAACUGCCGGCCAGGUCCUGCCCCAUUCCUUCGGGCGGCCUGGGUGUUUUUAGUUGUUCUUGGACUGGGCCACAGUGAAGACAAUAGAUGUACAUCUUCGAAUGCAGCAUCCUGCACCAAGUGCCUUGCUCUGGGUCCGGAAUGUGGAUGGUGUGCUCAAGAGGAUUUCAUUUCAGGUGGAUCAAGAAGUGAACGUUGUGAUACUAUUUCCAAUUUAAUAAGCAAAGGCUGCUCGAGUGAGUCGAUAGAAUACCCAUCUGUGCAUGUAAUACCAAAUGAAAAUGAAAUUAAUACCCAGGUGACACCAGGAGAAGUGUUGAUCCAGCUGCGUCCAGAAGCUGAAGCUAAUUUUAUGCUGAAAAUUCAUCCUCUGAAGAAAUACCCUGUGGACCUUUACUACCUGGUUGAUGUCUCCGCAUCAAUGCACAAUAAUAUUGAAAAAUUAAAUUCCGUUGGAAAUGAUUUAUCUAGAAAAAUGUCAUAUUUCUCCCGUGACUUCCGCCUUGGAUUUGGCUCAUAUGUUGAUAAAACAGUCUCACCAUACAUUAGCAUCCACCCAGAAAGGAUUCAUAAUCAAUGCAGUGACUACAAUUUAGACUGUAUGCCUCCCCAUGGAUACAUCCAUGUGCUAUCUUUGACAGAGAACAUUACUGAGUUUGAAAAAGCAGUUCACAGACAAAAGAUCUCUGGAAAUAUAGAUACACCUGAAGGAGGUUUUGAUGCCAUGCUUCAGGCAGCUGUCUGUGAGAGUCAUAUUGGAUGGCGAAAAGAAGCAAAAAGACUGCUGCUGGUGAUGACAGAUCAGACAUCUCAUCUUGCUCUUGAUAGCAAAUUGGCAGGCAUAGUGGUGCCAAACGACGGAAACUGCCAUCUAAAAAACAACAUCUACGUCAGAUCAACAAGCAUGGAACAUCCCUCACUAGGCCAACUUUCUGAGAAGUUAAUAGACAACAACAUUAAUGUCAUCUUUGCAGUUCAAGGAAAACAGUUUCAUUGGUAUAAGGACCUUCUACCCCUCUUGCCUGGUACCAUUGCUGGUGAAAUAGAAUCAAAAGCUGCAAACCUCAAUAAUUUGGUAGUAGAAGCCUAUCAGAAACUCAUUUCAGAAGUGAAAGUUCAGGUGGAAAACCAGGUAAAAGGCGUCUAUUUUAAUAUUACUGCCAUCUGUCCAGAUGGGACCCGAAAAGCAGGCACAGACGGAUGUGGAAAUGUGACAAGCAAUGACGAAGUUCUUUUCAAUGUAACAGUUACAAUGAAAAAAUGUGAUGUCACAGGAGGAAAAAGCUAUGCAAUCAUCAAACCUAUUGGUUUCAAUGAAACCACUAAAAUUCGCAUACACAGAAACUGUAGCUGUCGGUGUGAUGAUAGCAGAGGACCAAAACUAAAGUGUAUAGAUGAAAUUUUUCUAGAUGCCAAAUGUUUCCAAUGUAAUGAGAACAAAUGUCAUUUUGAUGAAGAUCAAUUUCCUUCUGAGAGUUGCAAGUCACAUAAAGAUCAACCUGUUUGCAGUGGCCGAGGAAUUUGUGUUUGUGGGAAAUGUUUAUGUCACAAAAUUAAGCUUGGAAAAGUAUAUGGAAAAUAUUGUGAAAAGGAUGACUUUUCUUGUCCAUAUCACCAUGGAAAUCUGUGUGCUGGGCAUGGAGAGUGUGAAGCAGGCAGAUGCCAGUGCUUCAGUGGCUGGGAAGGGGACCGGUGCCAGUGCCCAGCAGCAGCAUCCCAGCAGUGUGUCAAUCCAAAGGGCCAAGUGUGUAGCGGAAGAGGCACGUGUGUAUGUGGCAGGUGUCAGUGCACUGAUCCCAGGAGCUUUGGCCGUUUCUGUGAACACUGCCCCACAUGCCAGACAGCCUGCAGUGAAAACUGGAAUUGUGUGCAAUGUCUUCACCCUCACAAUCUGUCUCAAGCUAUACUUGAUCGUUGUAAAACUUCAUGUGCUCUCACGGAACAGCAUUACAUGGACCAAACAUCAGAGUGUUUCUCUAGCCCAAGCUAUUUAAGAAUAUUUUUCAUCAUCUUCAUUGUUACAUUCUUGAUUGGGUUGCUUAAAGUCCUUAUCAUUAGACAGGUGAUACUACAAUGGAAUAGUAAUAAAAUUAAGUCCUCGGCAGAUUACAGGGUGUCAGCCUCAAAAAAGGACAAGUUGAUUCUGCAAAGUGUUUGCACAAGAGCAGUAACCUACCGACGUGAGAAACCUGAAGAAAUAAAAAUGGAUAUCAGCAAAUUAAAUGCUCAUGAAACUUUCAGGUGCAACUUCUAAAGAGAUAAAAAGUACUUUAUGGGAAACUGGAUUUUAAAUAAUUGCUCCUAGAAAAUAUACUUUUAGAAGUCACAGGAGGAGACAAACUGUUCUAGAUCAUGCUGGUUGCUGGUUCUCCACUUGAAUGAAAACUGACAAGCAUCCUCAUCAUCGUGUGACUCACAUCGCUGCUGAAUUUUUCAGAGAAAAAUGUGUCUUACUACUGUUUGAGACUAGUGUCAUUGUAGCACUUUACUGUAAUAUAUAACUUAUUUAGAUCAGCAUAGAAUGUAGAUCAUCUGAAGAGCACUGAUUACACUUUACAGGUACUUGCCAUUCCUAUGUUUCCCAGAGAGAGACAAUGCUGUGAGAUAGUAGGCACUGUGUCACUACAAGGGUACAGUAAUCCCUGCACCAAAUAUGUGGAUAAAAAAAGUAACAGGCAGUUAUAAUACUGUUGCCAAACAUUUCUACAAUUGGCAGUGAAUAGACGAGAACGUCUAGAUGAAUAAAUGGUUAGUGUUUUACUCAUUCAAGAGGCAACUAGAUAAAAUCUUAAUCUUGAGGGAUACUGCUUUUGAAACUGUGUAGUAUUAUGCAUGUGUUUAUGUUUUCUGCUUUUUACAAGAUACUAAUCCCAACAUUCUUUCCUCUUUGCCUUUAUGUUUUUUUCUGUCUUACAGGAUAAGUUUAUAUAUGUCACAGAUGACUGGAUUAAAUAAGUGCUAAGUUACUACUGCCAUUAAAACCUAGUAAUACAAUGUCACUUUAUUAGAAUACUGGUUUUAAAAGCUGAAUGUUUAAUAAGGGAUGCUGUAAAGUCACAUCAAAAUCUGAACAGCUUCAUUGUGCGCAGAUGUGGAGUUUUAUAUCUUCUUACCUGAUAAACUGGAUGUUCCACCAUUUCAUUUGUCUGAUCAUCAGGUUGAAGUUCACAAGGUAUUUAGAAGCCCUGCCUCAAGCAAAGUACCACAUUUUUUAGUGCACUCUCAGAAAUUAACUCCAAGUAGAUAUGAUUAGUUUUCAAAUUAAAAGCUAUAGAAAGCUCUAUUAAUUUUGCACUUCAGUGCAGCCUAAGGAAUUAAGGUGUCCCUAAGUCACCUCAACUCUACUCACCAGAAUUUUAAAUGUAUACAAUGGGAGAACAGACAAUAUCUUAGAAGUAAGCUGAUCCAUCCUCUUGGGUAGUCAAGGAACUGAGUGAGGCUCACAAACUUUAAAUGAUUUCUUUAAAAAUGCCCAAGUGAUUAAGUGGCAGCAUUUGAAGAGAACUUCUAUCUUAUUGCCAGGCUAGUGUUCAUUGCACAAUAUCAUGCUACCUCUUGAAUCUUUUAAAAUAUUUGAUUGGCAAGUAUUUUUAAAUACUUUCAGUGACUUUAAAUACUUUCAGUGAUUUACUGAAGUCUUAAGUAUAUAAGCAUGAGAAAAUUUCAAAGCAAAGCAGAAAAGAGUAAUUCAAACUGAAUUCCAUGACUGGCUUUUAGUCUUUCUUGCUAAUCAGUUUCUAAGAGAAUGCAACGUGGCCUAAAUACAAGGAAGUCCAUUCACACCACAGCCUGUGAGUUGUGUAGUGCUCAGCCUGAGAGCUUGAUACAGAGGUCAUGAGCUUUUAUCUUCCCCAGUGGAAACUUCUUCACAAUUACCAUAUCCCUACAGACUUAUUUGGUCUGAUUUCAUUGGCCAGAAGUCCAAAUGUCCUGUGUGUAGUACAGAGCUUUGCCUAUGAGAACAAAGGAAUUUAUUUAAAAUGCUUUCUUAUCAUUAACUUCCCAAACUUGCUGUCUUCCAGCACUUGAAGAAAUGCCAGAUAUUUGCAUUUUAAUGAGACUAACUCCCACCCCCAUAUUUUACCCCAAAGAGGAUUUAAAAACAUAUAAUAAGUGUUCUUGAGAAACACAGCCUUUCCAUUUACUGUCCCAUCCAGCCACACAAUUAUAUUCUAAGUUAAACUGUAUUUCCUUCCCCAAAUGAAAUUGGGGACAUUGACAUAAUUCAGUACUAUGACUCACUUGUGUAAGAUACCUUUUAUCACCAAGGAUAACAUAAAAAUCAUAUUUUGCAGUCUGCCUGUCACACAUGGCAUCCAUUUUAAAAAGAAAAAAUAUGGAUACAUGAUAGCUCCCCAAAAGGCAAAGUGGAAAUAAUCCAUUCAUUAAAAUGCUGACAGUUUUAAAAAUGAACAUUAUAAUAUUCAUAAACUAAUCUCCAUGUGGAAUGAGUUAUCCAAAGGAGCAUAAUAAACUUAAACCCUUAAAAACCAAGGGUUUAUAUUUUUAUGCUCUCACUAGUUUGCACUAAUAUAAUGGACCAAGGCUGUUAUCAUAGGGAAAUACAAACUUCCUGAUAGGUAGUUCAAUGCUUGAUGAUGAUUGUAGUUAUGCUUGUGAUGUCUUGUGCUUCCUUUUUUUACUUAAAGACCUAAUUCUUAAAGGGUUUAGAGCUUAUAUUUUACUUGAAUAAUGGAUAUUUUCCUAUAAAAUGGCUUAUGAGAAGAGAAUUAAUAUUUGACUAGUUAGAAUUAAUUAAAAGGUAAGGGAAAACAGGGUAUGCUUAGAUUAAAUAAUUUAUGUAAAUAGAGCUUAUUUUCAACUAAUAUGACCGUAGGAGCCUUUUGAGAUUCAUGAGAUUAGACAAGUAACGAAAUUUUUAAUAAUUAACAAAGAACUUGAACAACACUUUUGGUACCGUAGCAUUUUUGUUCCCUAAAGUAUGUAACGAUUUAGAAAUGUGCCAUAUAUACACUACAAUAUAACUGUAUGCAUUUUGUUUCUCUGGGGACAUCUUUACACCACAGUGUACACGGAUUUAUAAACAUUUGAAAUCUUUUUUGAAACUUAUUAAUAUGUAUGAAGUCAUAGACAUUCUUUGAAAGAGUAAAAAAUUCAUCAAAAAUCUGAUUAUGUACGGAAUGUUCAAUACAGCUUUGGUUUAUAAAGAUAAAAAGAAAAUCUAAGGUUAACAGAAUAGAUUUCUUUGGAGGCAGAUUGGUUUUCAAAACUCAAAAUUAGUGGAUGCAAAAGAUGCAAAACUUCACAAAAGAAUAAAUUUCAAAUUUUAAAAAACAUAUACCUAAUUCCACUAACGAUAUUCUUGGGUAUGACAAUAGGUAUCCAUGAGACACUGUAACAUGAUUGUGAUGAACUAUGAAAAUUUUUCUCCAUAGAAUUAUAUUCCUUCUGGUACCUGGUAUUGUAAGUUAGACUCAAUGACUUUUCUUUCCUUUCCUUACUCCUAGUUGUCCUAUUCACUUUUCCUAAGAUAUUGCCUAAAACUCCAAGCUCAAUAAAUCUAAUUGUGUAAAAUAACUGAAUUUAAUGAUAUAAUGAAGUUCUCCAUUUCCAAACAUCUCUUAAUGAUUUCAAAAUUCAUUAUGCACCUGAGCCAAGACACAGCCUUUAAAACUAAAAAUUUAAAAUUUUCACAACUGUUUGAGCUUCUUUCAGGUCUAAAGGAUUUGACAUCUGUAUCUUUUAAUAAAAGUAUCAAGUGAAAUAUAACUAGUUGAGAGUUCAAUCAUGGGCACAUUGUAUCUGUUUUAUAUACUCUUAACAUUUAAUUUACAACUACCCUUAUAUUGACCUUAAGAACUCCAAUUCAUGCAAUGCAAACGAAGAUAUAUUUUCAGAGAAAUACAGAACUAGAAUUUUUUCAGAUCAUUUCUUUUUUCUUUUAUAAUUACUCUAUGACAAUUUUUAUGGGUAACUGAUUAUACAUAUUUAUUUCAUUGAUUCUAAGAUUUCUACCUUUUCAAUUUGCAUCUCUAAAACGGUGAUUAUAUCUUGUAAUCAAUCAUUGGCAUCUUAGAUGCAGUGUUUAAAGUUGUUCUUGAAUAAAUAUUACACUAAUUCAUCUUUAAAUGUUCAUGGGGAUAGGGGCAUUCCUUUUCUUAUAAAUAUUUGAGAACCCAUUUAUGGUAUUUUGUGAAGCCAAUUUUCAGUACAACUCAUAAUGGAGCCACUCUGAUUAUGAGCUCAGAUCCUGCAGACCUUUAGGUUGUAAAAGACCCUUCAUCUUCCUAUUUAUACUUUAUGCUACUAGCUACAAUUACAGCAUACCUAACUUAACAAGAAUGGGUUGCUUUCUUCCAAUUUUUCUAACAAAUUUUUAAUCUCUCUAAUCCUUUCUAAAUGAUACUUUCAUAUGAUCAUCUCAGUUUUAAACAGAAUUAACUGGAAAAUAUAUGAAACCAUUGUAAUUAGAUUUUGUAGCAUCUUGUAUGUCUUAUGUCAAUGACAAAAGAAAAAUAUGAUACAACCAAUCAGUACUAUAGGAAAAAAAAAUCCCCUCACAUCCUUCUACUAUUGUAUUCUUUUUUCUCAUUUCUGUUCUUUGGUUUGAUUUUUUCUUUGGCUCUGAUAAAUUUACCUUCAAGCCCAUGUAAUAACUGUCAUGAAACUGCAUAUUUAAGUUAUUUAAAUUGUACAAAACAAUUGUUCAGCUAUCUGGGCAGCUGCUUAUGAAACACCUGAGAGUAAUAACACUACUCUUUUGUCUACCUGCAUACUUUCCUGCAUAAAAUUUAUCUUCAUAAGCUAACUCUAUAGUCAUAUUGCCAACCUCUAUGGCCUACUUCGGUUAAAAUUAUUUAACCCAACGAUAAAAAAAAAAAAAAAAAAAAAAAAAA